AUGAAGAAUGAACAUUUUGAAUCAGUUCGGGACAUCGAGGCAGCUGUGACAAUGCCUCACGUGUUCAUUCGCACUAAAUCCUUUCCUCGAAUUCACUUGAGCUGCACCCAGGCUCCCCUCGACCCAAAGCCACUGCACCAACGGUCGGCGAGCGUGGAAGCCUUGUCCAAAGUAGAUGAUCAGAUAGUCCUAAGUGGGGAGGCCCGGGAGGACCAGCUUCGUGUCUGUGCGACCGUGCAGGAGCAGGUGCCCAAGGGGCCUGGCGUUGCGGUGCUUUCCUGGCGGCCUCCGCGCCAGGCCCCUGCAGCUGCUGGGCCGCACCCCGCAGAGCAGGAGUGGAGCCCCGCCCCGCAGCCUCCUCCGCAGCACGGCGGCCCCAGCUCGGGUGGGGGGCGCGUGUGCACACGCGUGUGGGCGCUUGCACGGGGCGGGGAGCGAAACCGCGAGGCCCCACCGCCCGUUCUCCAGGGAACGGAAGCAAAGCAGGGCCCAGUUCUGCAGGACAAGAGCGCCCUCUGGCCCGGCGGCGUACGUCGGGGUCCGGCCUCGGCUGCUCGCCAGCGGGUGCAAAGCGAAACCGGAAACCCGAGCGCGCAGGCUCGCGCGGAAACUCCGGGUGGCCCGGCGGAGAGCGGGAGAGGGCCGCGGGCCGCGGAGGGAGGGCGCGGCAGGAUGCAGAGGAGCGCGCGCUGGCGCUGGCUCUGGCUGCUGUGCUGCUGCCUGGGCCGCAGCGACGCUGACGCCCCGGCCCGCGAGUCGCGGGCCGCCGCCUUCCGGGAAAGUCUUAAUAGACAUCGAUACUUGAAUUCUUUGUUUCCACAUGAAAACUCCACUGCUUUUUAUGGAAUAAAUCAGUUUUCAUAUUUGUUUCCUGAAGAGUUUAAAGCCAUUUAUUUAAGAAGCAAACCUUCCAGGUUCCCCAAAUACGCAGCAAAAGUACAGGCAUCCGUCCCCAACACACCUUUGCCGUUAAGAUUUGACUGGCGGAACAAGCAUGUUGUGACACAAGUGAGAAACCAGCAGAUGUGCGGAGGAUGCUGGGCGUUCAGCGUGGUGGGAGCGGUGGAGUCCGCGUGGGCCAUCCGAGGGGGGCCUUUGGAAGACCUCAGUGCCCAGCAGGUCAUCGACUGCUCCUAUAAUAACUACGGGUGCAAUGGAGGCUCGCCUCUCAGCGCUCUGAGCUGGCUGAACAAGACACGAGUGAAACUGGUGAGAGACUCAGAAUACCCAUUUAAAGCACAGGAUGGGCCGUGCCAUUACUUCUCCCAGUCACAGCCUGGACUUUCCAUCCAAGGCUAUUCCGCAUAUGACUUCAGUGGCCAAGAGGCUGAGAUGGCCAGAGCCCUGCUCGCACACGGCCCGCUGGUGGUGAUCGUGGACGCGGUGAGCUGGCAGGACUACCUGGGAGGCGUCAUUCAGCACCAUUGCUCCAGCGGGCGCGCCAACCACGCGGUGCUCAUCACCGGCUUCGAUCGGACAGACAGCACGCCGUACUGGAUCGUGCGCAACUCGUGGGGAAGUUCAUGGGGAGUGGGUGGCUAUGUCUAUGUCAAAAUGGGGAGCAACACGUGUGGUAUUGCAGACUCUGUUUCUGCUGUGUUUGUGUGACAUGUUGACAACAGGAAAGCACAACAACAACCAUGAAACUUGUGCCACGCAACAACAGUGUUUCAUUCCAAGUAUGACUCACCUCCAAGCUUGGGCGGCUCCCCGGGGAAGGCCCUCGGCCUGGCCAGAUUUAAGCUAAGCUGCAGAAUGUCUACUCUAUGGAGAGAUGGACUCCAAAGCCUCUAAGGGUCCUGGAAGGCAAUCUGUGUUUCCUACUCCGGGAGGAAGUGGGAUGAGGAGGUAUUUUAGGUGCUUCCAACUUGAAGAAGCUGUUGUUUGUUGGUUUUCUUUUGAUUUUUAUCAUGGAACUUUGUUCCGGUGUGAUCAAAGAGGUGGUCAUUUGUUUUCCUUCGUGGGACACACUCUGUAGGCUUGGAUUUGAGUUCUUCUGAGAAGAACGCCCAGCCUCAGGUGCUCUGGGCCUCUCGAGAUGCCAUGUGCGGCAUUCGGAGAGGCAGCCUUGAGAAGAGUCGCGAUGGCAGUUGCGUCUCAUCUCCCGCCGCUUACCCUUGGCCAGAAGGGGACCGCCGUUAGAGGAAGAAAAUGCCAAAUCCCUUUUUAAGAGAAACAAAGUGAAAUUAAACGGUUGCUAUGACCGCAAUGGGAUUGGUCACUUCAAAUAAUAUUGCCUGUCAGAUAAAUUAUUUUUUGAAAAUUUUCAUUGUCAGUAGAAAUCCAAAAUAUUUCACUUUUUAGAUUCUUCUGUCUAUAUCACAGAACAGUCUGUUACUCUCUGCUGCAUAAGUCCCAAAUACUCCUGCUGGUUUGGUUUCCCUGAUUGAAGAAUUGCUCUUGUCUCUUACUUUCCAUUUUUGGUUUCUCAUCACUUACUUGGCUCCCUUAUCACCUUCAGCUCUUUAUCACCACCAAGAUCACACCUCUGACCUCUUGCCAUGAAUCUGUCAAGUUUCUUUCCUCGGAUCUGAUAGAGUCAGUCCGCAUCAGUCCAGAAGUGAGCACCCCGGCUCUUGGACUUCCGUUUUCUACUGAGAUUGCCCAGUCUCCAUCUUGGUGCUUCCCUUGGGCUUCCUCCAGGCUCCUGGUCCUCGAUGCCUGUUGUCCUUCCUGGGUCUGAUUGCACAAGGGACUCCGGGCACUGACACUGACGAGCGGUGAUGAACUUUCGUCCUCAGCAGUGACUGACAGUCGAGCGUCCCCGGAAGGGACAGCUGUGAGCUCUUGCCCCGCGGCCAGGACCGAGCCGGUUCUCGAGUGGCAGUGAUGACACCUCAGCACCCAGGUCUUUUACCACUUACGUACAGUUUCAUCAACUGUAAACAAUUUCUGGACUUUGUCUGUAAUCAAAUCCAUUAUUUUUCUCAGAAAACAAAAUAAAAAGUAUAUUUUAUAUUUAAAAAAAGAACCUCAACUAAAGAGCUGAUGUUCUAAUCAAAUACAAGGACAGCAGCUGUCAUGGAAGAGUUCAUGUAAAAUCAUGUCACAUACCAUAUGUGUAAAUAUGUCUACCCUAAAAUACAUGAGUUUUUUUUUUCUUCUCUGUUUGUUUGCUUUUGCAGCGCUGGUCGUCAAAUCCAGGGGCUUUGCACUGUACUAAGACAUUUUUUUAUUCUUUUUUAUUUUUAUUUUUAUUUUGAGUCAGGAUCUCAGUAAAUCUCUAAGUUGCCCAGGCUGGGCUGAAACUUGCAAUUCUCCUGCCUCAGCCUUCUAGGGCGCUGGGAUUACAGCAUGUGCUACCAUUUCUGAGUAAUGAUUAUUUUUUAAUGCACAAGAGGUUAACAAAAAUAAAACUUUAAAGGUAGCAACAACCACUAAAAAUUAAUUCUAGCAAUUCCAGUUUUUCCUCUCACUUUUAGUCUAAUCCUUUUAUUAGAAAAGCAAAACAAAAAUCAAAUUAUUUUUCUUUUUCUUACACCAACCAGAAGAAAUCUCAAAAUAGUAUGUGUGGACUCAGGUUUGGAGAUGUUCCAGGAUGACAAAUCCUGGCGUGUAGUGGGUAGAUAUUUUAAUUAUCCAGAUAUACCAGAAAGGAAUUAAAUCCUGUUUGUUCUAGUAUGUGUUAGGUUGCUGAUUUUUUUCUAUGCUAUAAAAAUGGUUCUCUAAUAUUCUUUUUUCAAAUACUAAAGAAUUAUUAAAAACUUCAAAAUGGUUAAUACUUCUCAGAUGUUCUGGGUUCUGAUGACAUUCAUCAUAAGACAACUUGUUCCUAAAAAGGUCUUGCUCUUAAGGGUGCGGCUGCAUUUUGUCAACAUGGUAUCAGGUGCUCUGCAUCCACACCCAGGCUCUCACUGCCAGCUCCGCAUCGCAUCCAGUUUUUCGUUUUCUCCAUGGUGCCCACAUUAACUCGGUGUCUCCCGGACUUCACACCUCACCCUCUGCACUCCCUGCUUCACAACAGCAACAGCGACAGCCAAACGACUUGUUUCGUAGAGUUCCUACUUUGGUCAAAAGCAUCAACAUAUUAACCCUGCAAUCCAUCAAAUCAAGAAACCCUAUUCAGUCUGGCCGAGCAGGGCGUGAGUGUCUCUUCGCUCGGUCGCCUGCCUCCUCUCUCCUUCCUGUCCUUUCUGGAGCCGAGGCCUUUGGAGUCUGUGUCCACUGCCCAGUGGCUUCCUGUCAGCCUGAAAUAGCAGCCCAGAGAGGCUCCCCAAGGACAGCGCCGUAAUGCAGGGAUGAAUGUUGUGAUGGGAAUGCAUGUGCUCAUAUUCCAGAAAGAAAGGGACACCGGAACAAAAAAGUUGGUUUGUUUUUUUUUUUAACUUACACAAAAUUGUUCUGAAACGAUUAUCCCUGGCUACAAGGGUCAACUGCAACCGUGCUGUCAGUCCAAGUUUGAGUGGGCAGUAGCGGAGCAUAUGUCCUCGCUGGAGUAUUUUUUGUAUAAAAUUACAGUGAACCUUUGUUCAUGUGGCAGCUCCAGCAGUCUCGUGUGAUAGUUCUUGCCAUCAGACAUACAUUCAUGGGAUCUCCUCCUUCAUAUCAUCUUGGCUUUGUUUUUUCUUAGGGUUUGACACAAAUGACUCCAUUUCAAUUUUGUCAGCUUUCACUACUAAGUAAACUACAUGGGCCACAUAUGUCCUCAAAUACAGUCCCUAGGCGGGAAUCCGGGUGAUCCUAGUGGAUGUUACAAUUUCCCUACAAUACUCCCUAGAUUCGCAAUUCAUAAAAGCACAAUCAUAUUACUCCUCAAUUUUGAAUGACUUAGGAGCUCCACGGUGCCCGUAAGUGGGAACGUACGUCUUUUAAAGGAGCUUUCAUGAAGACAGGCCUCCCCUACUCCACUCCACACAAUGCAGGGCUCACCCACCCUCCAAAAGCUCCAUAGCGAAUGCUUCAUCAAAGGCUCCCGCCCAUUGGGAAAACCACCAGCAGGUACUCGGUGUGGUUUCCCCUGGGUCUCAAAUACUGAACACUAAACUAUUAGUCAGCCAACCUUACUGGAACUAGGUAAUUCAUUUAAUAAUCACAAUUUAAAGGGGUAGAGGUAGCUCAGUGGCAGAGUACUUGUUUAGCUUGUCUAGCAUGCAUGGCGUCCCAAGUUCUAUCCCCAGAACCAAAAAAUAAGAAAGAAAGAAAAAAGAAUUACAAAUUAAAGUGAUCAUCAGCACUCACCAGCUCGAAUUUCAGUGAAGUUAAGGAUGAAAAUCAUUAUGUUGUUUUGCUAAUUACUAUAAGAAUUACAAACAUAUCCUUUGAACACAACUCUUACAACUACAUACCUUAGUUACACCAAAAAUAUACACAUGAAGAGCUAAAUCAAAUCAUGCCAUCUAUAGAAAGAAUGGUAUAUCUUAACAUUAUUUCUUAGAAUAAAUAAAUAGCAUUUAUUCCAAGUUUCCAGGGUAUUGUGGUGAGAGAAUAGUUAUUAACUUUGUGAUUUAUUACUUUGUGGAAAAAAAAUUGUAAGAACUUUUAACCCCAGAUAGAUAGAAAACUAGGUGACUAGAAACAUGGUGAUUUUUUUCUACACUAGAUAGUUAACAAAUGGGAAAGCCAGAAUUCACUCCCAGGUGGCUGAUUUCAAACCCACUCGCUUAGCCUCUGUGACCCUGAUCUCUGUAUUUUCAGGGUGACCACCACCCACAGUGCACACACAUGGAUCUUGUAAAUAUGAAGCUGACCCAGCAACUGCAGCUGCUCCUCAGCAUCCACGGGACUGUUUCUGAGCCCUCCUCCCAUGGAUAUGAAAACCCAGAUGCCCCAGUCCCUUAUGUAAGAUGGCAUAGCACUUACAUACAAUCCCUGCACACCCUCACAUUUACUUAGAUCAUGUUUAGAUUAAAAUAUCAAAUACAAUGUAAAAAUUAUGUGAAUAGCUGUUAUACUGUCCUGCGUAGAGAAUAAUGACAAAAAAUUCUAUGCAUGUUCAAUACAGA